AUUAUUAUUCAUGGGAAGAAUGUAUAAAUUAAAGAGAAGUUAAGUCUUUGAGGAAAAUGAACCACCCGAAUAUAGUGAAGCUAAAGGAAGUGAUCAGGGAAAAUGACAACUUGUUCUUUGUGUUUAAAUACAUGGAGCGCAAUCUAUAUGAGCUAACAAAAGAGAGAGGAAAGCUUUUUUCAGAAACAGAAGUCAGAAACUGGUGCUUCCAAGUAUUUCAAGGUCUUGCAUACAUGCAUCAGCGGGGAUAUUUUCAUCGUGACCUCAAGCCAGAGAACUUGUUGGUUUCAAAGGAUAUCAUUAAAAUAGCUGAUUUCGGUCUUGCUCGUGAGAUCAAUUCUGAACCACCAUAUACUGAAUAUGUUUCCACACGCUGGUAUCGGGCUCCCGAACUUCUUCUCCAGUCUCCAAGUUGGGGAUCUACUGUUGAUAUGUGGGCAAUAAUGGCUGAAAUGUUUACUCUUCGCCCUCUAUUCCCUGGCAUGAAUGAAGCAGACGAAGUCUACAAAAUAUGCAGUGUAAUAGGAACCCCAACAAAGAUGGAAUGGGAAGAUGGUCUCAAACUUGCAAAUGGCAUGGGCUAUGACUUCCCAAAGAUUGUAGGUGUACAUCUUUCUGUGCUAGCUAAUACCUUCUGCUGGUGAAGAAGCGAUUAAUCUUAUUGGAUCACUUUGUUCAUGGGAUCCCUGCAAGAGGCCUUCAGCUUUAGAAGCACUCCAGCAUCCUUUCUU